UCCCAAUUUUAGUAAAUUAUCGUUUGCUCCCUCCCGGCCUCCGUCCCUCUUACUCUUUGGUCCCUUCCCUGCUCCAAAGAGGAAGAGAUCUCUCCGGGUCUUCGUUUCCGUUGCCUGGCGUUUCUCCCUGCCCCUCUUCAAUUCCGUCUCUCGUCGUCGGGUUCUUCUCCUCUCUUCUUGCUCGAAUCCUAAUUCGUCGGUUUUCGCGAGAAAGGUCAGUUUUGGGUGGGAUUUGUGAUCGGGAUUUGGGGAGUUUGGUUGGAUCGGGUUGGUAUUGGGGGACGUGGAGUUUGGAGGGGAUUAGAGUCAGGAGAUCUUUAGAUUUCUUUUUUUUUCGUUCUUUUCGUUUUUUUUGUUGUUUUUGGUUGAUCUGGCUAGGUGUGUAGAUUGGAAAAACGAACAAGAGGCUCCGUGAUAUUUUUGGUGCUGUAUUUUUGUUCGCUAUCGAAAAUUGAGGGCUUGUCAUAUAGGGUUUCUAUUCUGUUAGAUAGAGAAGCGAGGGAAAAAAAAACCAGCACGAUUUACAUUAGGUUAAACCAUUGAACGCAAAAAAGAGGAAAAACUAGGUGUUGAUUCGGAAAAUUUGAUUUUUUUUGGUUUCUCCGUUUUUGUUGGAAAAUAUAGAUCCGGUUGUCUUCCCGUUUUAAAAGAUUAGAAGAUUUGGUACAAAAGAAAUCAGAAGGGAGAAAAGCUAGGGUUUCUGUUUGGGUUCGAUAGGAGUAUAGGAUGACCUUAAAUUUCUCAUCUUAUUCUGUAUUCCCUGCUUCAAUCCGUGCGGAUGAGGAUUUUGGAUCCGCCAGAUGUGAUAGGAGUGCCGAGGGAUUUGAUAAGCCCCCCUUGUCGAGCCGGGGGAUCGAGAAUCCUUAUGGCAAUGGAGGGGAUGGAGGGAGGGCGGACAGGAAUGGUUCUUGUGAUCCUGUUGAUCUUUUGCCGUCUGACCCCUUCGGGAUGGAACUGAGCACCACUUUGAGCAAUACUUUCACUGCGAUCGCCGGCUGGAUCGAAGAUUUCAGCCUAAAUUCUGGUGAUCGCAAGCUGGGAAGUGGUGCUUUUUUUGAAGGUCUGAGUUACCAUUGGGUGUCCCAGCUGAACUAUGGAGGUGCCUAUGAUGGUUGGGUAGGGCAAAGAUCCUCGGGAUCAUUGGGAUAUGAAGCUAAAAAUGGAGUUUUUAAGCAUGCUGUAGAUGUGGAGGAGUUUUCAGACUCCGGGGAUGCUGAAAUAGCUCAUUCUAGUGGAGGAGAUGAGGGUGCUCCACAUGAGGGUUUGCUUUUUGCGCUCGGCUAUCUGGGUGUUCAGGAUCUCCUCUCUGUCGAAAGGGUCUGCAGGUCACUGCAUUCGGCAGUUCAGAAUGAUCCACUCUUGUGGAGAUGCAUCGAGAUAGAUUCUUUCUUAAGUGAGAAGAUAACUGAUGAUGAUCUUCUGCAGCUAUCAGAGAGAGCUCAGGGGAACUUGCAGUGCCUGAUCCUCGUGGGUUGCUCGAGGAUCACGGACGAUGGUCUGAAGCAUGUGCUUGAGAAUAACCCAAGGCUAAGAAAGUUGAGUGUUCCUGGAUGUGUGAGGCUUAGUGUAGAAGGCCUCAUUAAUGCCCUAAAGGUUGUUAAGUCUUCAGGUAUGCUGGGGAUAAAACACCUCGAACUCGGUAGGCUUUUUAGUGUAUCACAAGAACAGUUUGAAGAGCUGAAGUUCUUAUUAGGCACUGACCAACUUCAGCAGCCGAAAUCUCGCAAGCCUCGGUUUUAUCACCUUGGCCGUUCUUCUCUAGCCUGUGAUGAUGAGCGUGCUAUUGAUAUUGAGAUGUGCCCAGGAUGUCAGAAGUUUAAGCUUGUCUAUGACUGCCCUUCAGAACGCUGUCAUGGUGAAGUAUCCAAGUGUAGGGCUUGUGAUGUUUGCAUUGCAAGGUGUAUCCAGUGUGGGAAGUGCAUCAAAGACUGCAAAUAUUUUGAGACGUUUUGUCUUGAAUAUCUUUGUUCAGGUUGUUGGAAGCAGCCAGCCAUGAUUCAAGAAAGCAUGGAGAAGUAAAUUGGCUCCAACACGCAUCUCGUCAAGUAAAGCAUGAUAUCAUUCACUGUGUUCUUCACCUGGAAGCUGAACUUGUUAUUUGGUUGCAUAAUACACCACUAGGAAGUUCUAAGUUGAGGGCCAUGUUAGCUUUUGUUCUUUCUUGGUCUACCAGUUUGGGAGCUGGCAGCUUUGCAUUGGCAAGAAUUUGAAUUUGCUCGUGCUCGACUUUGUGAUAUCUGCCUCCUGAUCCUGGUCGUCAUGGCUUUUACCUUUUUUUUAAAUAUGGAAAAAAAAGAAAAAAAGAACAAAAAAGGGAAAAAAUUAAAAGGAAUAGAUAGAUGGGAAGAGGAGAGGAAAAAAAGGCCAAAAAAAGGAAAAUAGAGGAAGAUGAGAGGGAGAUAAUCAGAUAUCUACUCAUAAUUGUCAACUGGAUUUGGCUGGCAGAAUGUAUGGCUAGAGCUUGUAGCUGAUUGCCAGGGUAACCCAGCUUCAGUAUUGGGUCGGAUUGCAGUUGAGGCUGGUAUGUUGCUUACUGAAAACUUUUUCUUGAAUAUUUCUCUAUGCAGAAGUCUCCAUGCUCAUCCCAUAUUCCCUUCUCCUACCAGGCACAGUGCUGAAGAUAUUUUAUGUUCAUGCCACAGCUAUCCUUUUCUUCUUAAAGAUGUUUGAUCCAUGUCUAUGGAUCUGCUAUAUCCAGUGAACAUGAAGUGCUUAUGCAAAACUGGCUGUGUGGAGUUAAGACCUUAUUGGUUCUCCUAGGAGGCCCGACCAUUCCCUCUGCCGGGUGGAUUUUAAUAGUUUACAUGUGGUAUGCCUUGGUCGCAGAGAGGAGAACAAGAGUUAUGUUUGGAUGCACAGAAUCCUUCGUCAGAAAUUUCUGCAGAGAUCUAAGCAAUGGUUUGGAGUACAUAACAAGAGGAAUAGCAGAACCAUCUCAUCUGCUUUGAUUACAGGAUUAAAGAUCCACGACUCAUAUGGAGGCCAUGCUACUUUGUCCUCAUGCUUUGUAACAAACAGGGGUUUUUGAUUAUUCUUGUGGUGUUUGUUUCUGAUAUAAUGCCGAAAAAUAUGAGGACUACUAAUAUCAACAGUCACAUACUGUUUUAUUUUAGUAAUAUGCAGUUGAAUAAAAUGUUUCUAAUGACUAUGUUCCAAGUUUUAACUA